GCCAUGACCACUGAGAAGAAGGUCGAAGAGGCUGUCGCGGACGUCCCCCCUGAUGUCGUCUCCGUCACCUCCGAUAAGGACAAAGAAGCGGAAUUAACUGACUCUGUUACAUCCGCGGGAUUUACCACAACGCGCCUCGAACUCUGGGCAUUCUAUCUUUACUACGUCGGGAACAACGGUUUAUCUGGCUUUAAUUUUGGGCCUUCUCAGUUUCAGAAUUUGUUGUUUUUGGCUGGCUAUGACCCGUCUCAGCCCCCGUACACUGCGCCAUGCACCAGCGAUUCGGGCUGCGUCCUCCCCUACCUAGGCGAAAUUCGCGAUGUGAACUCAAUUGUCCUGUUGACCAACGGUAUCAGCUUUGCUAUUCAAGCUGUCGUUUUGCUCGUCAUAGGGGCCUGGGCCGACUAUGGUUCAUGGAGGCCCAAUAUCACGAUAGGGUUUACUGUACUUGCUGUCGCUAUCUCAUUUGCUUGGCUGGGAGUGGAGGAUCCGUCAAGAUGGCAAGCUGGAGUCGCGCUCUAUAUGCUCGGUUUAAUAACUUAUCAGGGUGCCCUCACUUUCUGGACUGCUGCAUUUCCGGGGCUUGCUCGAAACCUCCCAGAGGUGCAAAAGUCAGCUCAUGAGGUCAUAUCAGGGCAAAAGGAUGAACAGGAGCAUACAGACUUUGAAUCUCUUUCACGAAACCGUGUUUCCAACAUCUCCUUCACUGUUUGCUCUGUGGGGGAAGUUGUCAUCCUAGCAAUCAUGGUUGGCAUCAUACAGGGUCUCAGAGCAGGUGACAGCACGGAGAAUAACACAAGGGCCUUCAGUGUAUUGAUCGCAUUUUCUGGUGGUGUUUGGUUUCUAUGCGCCUUACCCUGGUUCUUCCUCGAAAAGCGCAGACCAGGUCUCCCUCUUCCUCCUGGCGCAUCGCUGCUUACGAUUGGCUUCAAGCAAACAUACGUUGCCUUGCGAGAGUGUAUGAGGCUCAAGCAAACGUUCUUAUACCUUGUCUUUUAUUUCCUCAUGGGUGAUGUUCUCAAUACUACAGUCACCGUCAUCGGUACUCUCCAGAACAGUGUGGUGGCAUACUCUACCAUGCAAUUAACGCUGCUCCUCGUUGUCGGUAUCGUUGCUCAAGCAAUGGGCAUUUAUUUGUUCUGGCUUGUACAGAAGAAGUAUAAAAUUGCAACUAAACCAAUGCUCUGCUUUAAUGUCUUCUGGAUUAUUGUAGGGUUUCCUCCUCGAUAUUUGUUUCUUGCACUUAGCCCUAUCUCGCAGGUUUUAACAAUAUGGGGACUCAUCGGUGUGCACACCGAUAAAUUUGGAUUCAAGCAUGUUUGGGAGAUUUGGCUCUACCAGGUGUUCUAUGGUUUAAUGGUUUGUCCAUGGUAUGCAUACAGCCAGACCAUGAUCAGCGAGGUAUCUCCCCUACCGCAAAUGUUCCUCUUUUUCGCGCUAUUCUCCGUUGUUGGAAAGACGUCAGCCUUCAUCGGUCCGCUAGUUUCCUCGGCCAUUAUCACAGCUUCGGGGAACAACAAUAAUAUGCCUUUCGCCUUCCUGUUCGGACUCGGGACCGCCAGCACGAUCUUCUUGUACAUGGUAGACGUCAAGAAGAGUCGCGUUGAAUGCGAUGAUUUCGUGAAGGCCGAAGCGAGGCGCGAUGCCUUUGGCAGUGGCCUCGAAUAAAGACGCUAAUGACGGCGCACGGACAUUGCACGCGCACGCUGGUAUCUCAUGUUGAUCGUAUACCUUUCACGUACUACGUAAGUACGGAAGCUAUCCUCUGAGUCACCCUCUAGUUGUAGAGUAGGUAUCUUGGAGAUAGGGUGCCUAGCUGUCCGGAUAGUAUAGCUUGGGGCGUUGUUCUUCAAUGGAACGUUUCCAUAUCUGUAAGAUUGGAACAUGAUUCAUGC